UCAAUACCAUACAGACAUUUGGUCCAUUUAGGGUUAGAGUUAGGAAAUGUAUUAUAGUGUGUCUGUAUAGAGUGUCCUCAUAACUAGAGAGAGACAAGUGUGUGUGUGUGUGUGUGUGUGUGUGUUAUCAUCUGUUUAAAAACAACAAGUCGAGUCAAAGUUCACUGUGACGUCACGAACAGCCGUGCGAUGUAAAGUUGUUACUGAGCUAACGUGAAGCUAACGUGAGGCUAGCCUGAAGCUAACGUGACGCUAGCCUGAAGCUAACGUGAAGCUAACCUGACGCUAACCAGCUGAACACACUGAGGCGCAGGUGGCUGAUCAAAGGCAGAACCAGAGAACCGGACUGUUUCCCACCCCCCCACUCGGGACCAUGGCCAACCCACUGAGGGCGGAAGUGGUUCGACUCUAUAAGAACCUCCUCUACCUCGGCCGGGAGUAUCCCAAAGGAGGCGACUACUUCAGAGACCGGCUGAGAUCUGCGUUCAGCAAUAACCGGAGCGUCCAGGACCCGGCGCAGGUCCAGCAGCUGAUCGCUCGAGGGGAGUUCGUGGCCCGGGAGCUGGAGGCGCUGUACUACCUGAGGAAGUACAGAGCCAUGAAGAAACGCUACUACGAGGAGUAACCACGGCUCCAGAUCUCCACGGGAGCCAGGAGAGCACGAGGAAAACAUCUGAACAUCUACUUCAGGAAUCAAACAGCAGCAGCAGCAGCGUCGAGGUUUUAUCUUUUUAUUCCUGUAAAAUCACCAGUGACAUAAAACAUUUAAAUAAAAGUAUAAAAAAGA